UCGGACCCUCUGGAGGUGAGGGACUCGGAUCACCACAUCCAGUGGAAUGUCAAGUUCAACCUGGGCAACAGCAGCAGGCAGAUUUCACAGUGCAGAAACUCCAUUCAGGGAAAAAAUCUCCUCACUGAUGAACUGGGUUAUGUAUGUGAGAGGAAGGACUUACUGGUGAAUGGAUGUUGUAAUGUAAAUGCUCCUAGCACAACUCAGUACGUCUGUAAAAGCUGUCUGGCCAAUGGCUGCUGUAGUGUCUACGAGUUCUGUGUCUCCUGUUGCCUCCAGCUUGAUAAGCAACCUCUUCUGGAGCGAUUUUUGAACCGAGCUGCAGAAGGUUUCCAGAAUCUCUUCACUGCAGUGGAAGAUCAUUUUGAGUUAUGUCUGGCUAAAUGUCGCACAUCUUCACAGAGCGUCCAACAUGAAAACACUUACAGGAACCCGCAGGCCAAGUACUGCUAUGGAGAGAGUCCACCGGAACUGCAGCCUGUCUGACUGUUAUCGGAAAUUUGGCUGAUGUAACGAAGGAGGAGGUCUAGUCAGGGCUCCUGUUGACCUGAAACGAACAAUAAAUGGAUCAACAGGACUUGAAGGACAAUGCAGUUCAUGCCACAUAAGCUUUUCUCAGUUUUACCUCAUAUAUGAACGAUUUGAAGAUUCCACACUUUUCUGCCUGUUCUAAGAUUAAGACUUGUAGGGUGGUCAUUUCGCAAGAUUUUAUUUGGGUUGGAUUUCAGCAUUGUGUUGUCACACUCAUCACCUCAAGACUUUUUCAUGAUGUUGGCCAUCGUUGAGUAGUGUAUUAAAUGUGAGCUCUUUUAGAACCUGCUUGUAAACUGAUAUAUGUAAUUUAAUAAAGUCAACGAUUUUCAGUA